UGCCCUGCCUACUUCCCUCCAGAGCCCGGAUGAGGAGUAUCGCCAUUACCGCCGAAGCUGCCGUAAGAGCCUGUGGAGGCUAAAAGCCCGCUGGCCACACCAUGAGAUUCCUCUCCCGAUUGAUCCUGAUAGUUCUGUUUGUCUUCCCCACCGCGUUGCUGCUUGGGGACGGCCCCGGAGGUUCAAUAGCUUUGGCCCAAGAUGCUACAGAAGAUGAAGAAGCAUUGGAAGAUACAAUAGUUGAAGAUGAAGAUGAUGAAGCAGAAAUAGAAGAAGAUGAACCUACAGAUUUGGCAGAAGAAAAAGAAGAAGAUCUCUCUGGUGAACCUGAAGCCUCCCCAAGUGCAGACACAACUAUCUUAUUUGUGAAAGGAGAAGAUUUCCCAGCAAAUAACAUUGUGAAGUUCCUGGUAGGCUUUACAAACAAGGGUACAGAAGACUUUAUUGUUGAAUCCCUAGAUGCCUCAUUCCGCUAUCCUCAGGAUUACCAAUUUUAUAUCCAGAAUUUCACAGCUCUUCCUCUGAACACCAUAGUGCCACCCCAGAGGCAGGCAACAUUUGAGUACUCUUUUAUUCCUGCAGAGCCCAUGGGUGGGCGUCCAUUUGGUCUAGUCAUCAAUCUGAACUACAAAGAUUUAAAUGGCAACGUGUUCCAAGAUGCUGUCUUCAACCAAACAGUUACAAUUAUUGAAAGAGAAGAUGGUUUGGAUGGAGAAACGAUCUUUAUGUACAUGUUUCUUGCUGGACUUGGGCUACUAGUCGUUGUUGGGCUUCAUCAACUUUUAGAAUCUAGAAAGAGAAAAAGGCCAGCCCAGAAAGUAGAAAUGGGUACAUCGAACCAAAAUGAUGUUGAUAUGAGUUGGAUUCCUCAAGAGACUUUGAAUCAAAUCAAUAAAGCUUCUCCAAGGAGGUUGCCCCGGAAACGGGCACAGAAGAGAUCGGUGGGAUCUGAUGAGUAAAUGUUCAUUUGUGCAACAAUUCAGUCUUUACUAAACCUGCCCUAACAUUUUUUGGCCUGAUGGGAAUUAGUGCAGAGAAGCCAUAUCAACAUAUGAGGAAACUACUACUUCUGUUUGGACUGAGUAAUCAGAGCUGUGGCGAUAAUAUUGCUGAAAAUGCACUGCAUAUGUUUUUUCUAAAGUAACAAAUUUGGGUUUUUUAAACCAUUAAAAACUGUGUGUGUGCGUGUGUGUGUGUAAGCAGUUGGUCUUACCAGAAUCAUUGUUGUACUACCUGAAAUGUGCCUUUAGAGUGCUAAAUGUAAUGCCAGCAUGUCUGUAUCCCACUGACAAUUUGUGGUGUGUUUGUUUUUUCUUUUCCAGAAAAUGUAGUGAAUAAUUGUCUAAUCUGAUUGUAUAAGGAGUUUCUCAUUUUUACUAUCAUGCCUUGAACAGUACAGCAGAAAAUAACUUAGCUACUCUGUUCUUCAGAAUAGCUUCUCAUUCAGCAGUGGUGGCACAAAUUCUCUGGGUAUUUUUUUUAUAUCUACAACUAGUAUUCUAAAGGCACAAGCAGGAGUAGCUGCUUUUAGCAAUAUAGUGUUUUGUUUUGGUAUUUUGCUGCUGUUUACUAUAAUACGCACAUUAGGAGAUCUUCCUUAUACUGAUCAAAGAACCCAGAUGAAUUUAUAUCAAUCUGAGAUCUAGCAGCAAAAUUGUGAAGCAUGAGACUAUGUGCUGAACUUGAUAUAUAAAUUCCAACUCUUCAUACCCUUCUUCCUCUUUUUUUUUUUACAAAAAGAAAAUAGCACACUUGUGUGAGCUAAAUUAUUGUGUUGUGUGUCAUUGUUCUGUUGUGUCUGAUCCAAAUGGUGGCUUUGGAAUGAUUUUAGACCUAUUCAAUAUUUAUAAAUCACUGAUUUUUUUUUCCUCCUUUCCCCUUAAUGGAAACUACCAUGGCUAGAAAUUUCAUUAUUCUUCAUUGAAUAGAAGAAAUAGAACCUCUGCAGACUCUUCGUAGAGUGGGGACUCAAAAUUAUAGGGCACAGAUUAAAAAUGUGUUCCAAAUUUUAAUUUCUGAAGCGCUGAAAAGGACCUUAUACAGCAUCUAGGCUAUCCCUCUCAUUUUACAGAUGAGAAAACUGAGGCCCAGACAAAGUAAUCUGUAUUAAUACCAAUAAGUUGAAUUUAUAUAUAUAUAUAUAUGUAUUCAUAUAUAUUCUAUAGGUAGACAUAGUAAUUGGUUGAUUUAUUUUUUUCCUAAAUUGAUGUUAUAAUUUUCCUCUAACUUUGUAAGUAGUUUUUGUGAAUAUUUUUUUAGUUUGCAUGUGACUUUUUUAAAAAGUAAAUCUGUUUUAGAUAAUAGGAAUCAAAAUAUUUAAGAAUUGAACUUCUAAAAUUUUCUUUGAACUUUUAUGUUAUUUUACCUUUCCCCCUCCUCUUUUGCUCUAGUUUUCUACAUGUAUCAGGUACAGGUAUUAUAUGUUUAAGAGUUCUGGUGUGAAAAUGACUGAUGUUUAGAGGGUUGUUUUCAUUAAGACCUGUAAUGAAAUAGAUAUUUUUUAAAAUAUUAGAAUUAGACUUCAGUAAAGAAAGAACUUUUAAAAGGCUUUUUUUCCAUGCCAUGAAGCUAUUUUCUCCUAUGGGUCUUUGAAAAGUAGAUGAGGUUUUAGCAGCUAAAGUUUACUUUAGCUUUUUGCCUUUACCUUUCUUCCUUUUGUCCCCCUACCUCUUUUCAAAUCUGCAAUUAACCUGCCAAGAAUGAACAUCUGAGCCAGUGACAUUUGAAUAAUACCAAUAGCAGGUUGAAGCAGGAACUAAGGUUCCUGAAUAUCUGUAUUGGUGGUAUUGUAUUAUAAACAUCCCAUUCCGAAAAUUCAAAGAGAUUGGGCUGUUAUCUUGGUGUGGAAGACCAAUAGUUUAUUUUAAAACUAUGGUACUUAACUAUUUAAAAAAUAGUCAUAGCUUGGUUUUCAACAAGCAAUAUCAGUGAAUACUUAGCAAGAACUAACUGUACAAUAAAUGGAAUUAAAUUCCACACAUGGUAUUUUCAAGCACACUUAAUAACAAGUAGCCUGUUUUUAAAAUAACUUUUAAAAAUGUAAAUACCUGGAUGGGUUUUGUUUUUGGUGUAUCUACUUAAUAUGCAAACCAUCAUUUGAGACCCAAGUGUUGAAUGUGGGUUUUAUGAUUAAUGAUAGCUUUUUAAAAUCUUGGUUUCACACAUCUAUAAAAUGGGAUUAAGGAAUUUUUCCCAUUCCCUAUCCCCUAGGGAUGUGAGGAUUAAUGUGUCUGUAAAGCACAAAUUCUCCUUGGAAUAUAUGUUUGUCAUUUUAUGUUCUUAUACAAUGUGAUUUUCUAAGGAGUUUGCCCCAACCUAUUGUCUAGGGAAGAGAAAGAAAAAUAGUUUUUUAGAGAAUUGAAGGCCGAGGAAGAGCAAGGAAUAGGAAUAAAAACUAUUAUAGCAGAAGGGAAAUAAAAGAAACUUGACUUGAGUGAGAAAAUUUUGAAAUAAUUGGCUUUGGGAAAGGGAAGUAUAUUUCAAUAUUAAGGGGGAAAUGUUUGGGAACAAUGCCUAAAAAUAUUUCAUAUGUUAAAUGAGAAAGUUUUUGCAAUGAUCUUCAGUGGCACAAAGAGGAUUUAUACUUACCCUUAUUGCCAAGUUUAAAUUGUAGACCUCAAAUGUUUGUAAAUAAUGUGUACCUUCCCUAGCACCUAACACAGUGCCUUGCACAUAGUAGACACUUAAUAUUUGUUUAAUUAAAUUAUAAUAGCCAUCAUCAACAGCAUCAUCUUAGUCGCACACAUAGGUUGAGAGAAGUAAAUUGAUUUUUGUGUUUAAAAUAGUUUGAAGUUAAGACAUCCUUCUCCAAAGACUCCCUAGUUGAUAAAUUCCACAGGUAAUUGUAGAGUUCUUAUAAAUAUUCAUAAAUUUUAUAGGUUAGUUCAUUUCACAGUGCAUUUUUUAUUCAGCUUAUUCUUUUAGUUCUAAAACAAGAUACUUGCUAAAAUUUAACAAUUUCCCAGUUUUUGUAGAGGUGUUCCCUGUAUUUGGAUAGAUGUGGAAUGAACUCCCAUGGCCAAAUUAACUGCCUGGUACAAUUUUGGCCUACGAAUGUCUAAAAGCAACCCCCACAAAACUUACCAUCAGCAUUAAUUAAUUAAAAACAUUAGUUUUCAUUUGCUAAAUUGGAUCCCCUGUCAGCUUUGUGGAAUCAAAUUUUUAAAAAUUUGAGGCUUGAAUCAGAGGGUGGUAAAGGCAAGAAGUUUUUAAAUUUAAAAGUUGAACCCAACUCAGCCUAUUAUUGAUGUCUAAAAAUGAUUCUGCAUUAUGAUCCCUUUAACUUUGUUAGAGAGCAUUUGUUUAGUUUUUUUAAAUGAUUUUUUACUGCUUAGCCUAAUUGUAUUUGAAGUUAUAUUUUUUAGAAUUGUUUAAUGAUGUAGUACUAAUACUGCAAUAAUACUUGCACCACCUACCUCAUAGGGGUGUUGGAAGGAAAGCACUUUGUAAUCUUAAGGCAGUAUAUAAAUGUGAGUUAUUACUAUCACCUUUCUGGGCUUCAGUUUUUUACCUGUCCUUUGUAGUACAGUAUCUGGAGUCAAUCCCUUUAAGAUAUUGGAAUAAUAGAUGAGCAUUCUAGAAUUGCUAAGCUUAAGUGUCAGCUGCUGAGGAAUAUUUAUUUCCCAAGAAUCUGAACAGAUAGAACAAAAUUUCAACCAGAUUUUUUAGUUUUCAGUACAUACUGAUAAUUAAACACUACCCCUUAGAUACUGCCACAAGAUCCCAAAGAGCAUUCAGAAUGAAAACCAUCACAAAAAAAGAUGAUGGUCAGUAUAGUUUUAGUACUAAGUUUCUGUUCUAAUUCUUUAAAAAUUGACUAUGUACAGCAGGGACAGUAGAUCAAUCAGGAUAUUCAGUUCCUCUACCAUUAUGGAUAUACUUUACUUGACCAGGAGGUUAAAACCUGUACCCAGGUUUUUUAUAACACCUUCCCCUCCAAAAUACCUUUUGUCUGCAAGAUAUCAAAUCUUUGAAUGUUAGCUCUAGGUAACCUAAGAACAAUGUUGUGAAAAAUAGAAAUGGGGACCACUGAAUUGUGCAUAAGGAUCUCUGUAGGCUGUAUAUUGACAUAGAAAACCACACUUGUAUAUAUUUCUUUUUUAUUACUAUUAAUAGCACACUAUAUUACAAACAGCUACAUUUUAAUCAGGUUUCGGGCUGCACUUCAGACUAUUUAGACCAUGCAUUUGGCAUCUCUACUUUAGAGGAUAUAUAGACCAUAUUACAAAUGAGUAAGCUAAGAGGUGACUUGUCUAGUGUCAGAACUUGGGUUUCUUGACCCAUGCUACAUCAUGGACUUUAGGAUAUCAGUUCCCAUAAAGUUCUUUAAGCUUUUGCUUUUAAUUUUUUUGAAUAAUAUUUUGUAAUUUGCAUACAUUCCCAGGCACUCAACAUAUUUAUAAGUUGCAUAUUUUAUAAAGAAUACAGUAAAGUAUAAAAAAGGUAAUCUUGAGUUUUAAAGGAGCAUCUGUUGUGAUCUUUUCUGGUUCAUUUGUGCCAUUUGAUUAUUUUUGUUAGUUUCAUUUAAUUCUUGUCAAGAAUAGCCAAGCAAGCAGAAGUAUGGGCAGAUUGUGUUACAUAGAAAGUUGAUGCUGCAGUUUCCAUAAAAGUAAAGGAAGAUCUAUGGCAGAUUAUUUGGUCUAUAAUUAUUAAGAUCCAGUCCACUCAUCAGAGGCUACCUAAUUCCUGAGGUGUCCCUUUCAAAAAAUAUUGAGCCAGUUAUAAUCUUUCAGCACUCCUCUCCAGGCAGCUUCUUUUUUAGCUUGAGAAAAAUACUGUAAUCACUUGCAAAAGUAGCACCAUUUAGGACUAGAUCCUUUGAACUAUUAUAUGGUUGUUCUUCACUGUACAAAGUAAUUUUUCACUUUUAAAUGAGUGAAAACGUCGGUAUCUUUGCCUGCAUGAACAAAAGUUAACAACAUAAAAUCAGUAGUGUGGUAACAAAUAAAUUCACUAACACAAGGUAAAGAUCUUCAAAAGGAUGCUUACUUGAGACUUAGGAAGCCUUCAUUCUAACCCUGGCUCAUACUAAUUAGCUGUGUAAUGUUGAGCAAGUCAUUUAAUCUGAAUCUUCAGUUUCCUUAUCUUGUAAAAUGAAAGGGCUGGAUGAGGCCAUUAACUCUAAAAUUCUAAUGACCACAAACCCUUAAUUUGACAACAAAACAAAACCUUUGAAGGUAAAUAUUUUUUAAUAACUAUUGAAAAGAACAACACUUAUUUGGAUGUGUUUAGCUCUGUACUGUUUACUUUAAAAGCAGUCAUAAUUCAGUGCAACAUUCAUUAAGCAGCUACAGUGUUUAAAGUACUUUGCUGGUAAUGCUUUACAUUUGUGUGGCGCUUUUCAAAUGCAUUUAUAUAAAUUUACUCAUGCUAUUCUAGUCAAAAGUAGAGAUACACUUAUAUACACAGGCUCCACAAAGCACUUAUUGUAGCUCACUAGUUUGCUAUUAUCCAGAAUGGAAAACUUCAAGCAGGUGGUCUCCAUACAUAAGAGAACAGGCUUUAUUCCACUUCACUUACUCUCCUGUGCACUUUAUUAUUAGAAUUGUAUGUAAUACAAGGCUUUGCAUUUCGUGUCUCAUUCUAUUUAUAAUUAAGUGACCUUGUUAUGACUAAAAGAUCCUGGGCCUGCUUUUUAUCUUGUUUUGCAACCCUGUGGUGCUCUUACAGCCUCUAUUAAGUAAAGAAGAACAGGCUGUCAUACCAGUAGCACUCUACCAAAUGAAGCCAACUACAAAUGUAAUGGCAUAGCUUAAGGAUAUGAGUUGGAGUAUUUUCUUGAUGUUUUACUUUACUGAAGACUACUUAAAUGAUUCAAUUUCCCAGCAGAUAUCCUGUUUAUGUCUGAACUCUGUGCUCACAAUUCUUAUUUAGGAAUGAUCACCAAAGUCCUGUGAUUUAUUUACAAUUAAAAUAAAUUAAAUCUCAUUUAAAAA